AGCUCACUAUAACUUCGGUCGAGAGAAUCCCUUCUUUUUUAAAUAGGAUUUUAUUUUGAAACAUUUCCUGGAACUUGUUGUGGAGGAUUCAGUGAUUCAGUUGUAGUUCCUGCCAUCUGGUGGCACUUUUUAUGUUACUACGACAACAUUUCGGCUGGGACAUGAACAGACACAGUGACUGAAAUAAUAGUAAUAAUGAUAAAAAUAGGACAAGAAUAACGUGAUGACAUCACACAGAUCAUGAAAGACGACCGGGGAUGAUUGGUGUGGAACAUCGUGUGGUGUGUCAUGUCUGUCGGCCGGCCGAGUCACGGCAUGAAUUUAUGACUCCACACUCACCUAAUCUGACAUCGUGACCAUCAGAAAGGACAGAAAUAUCAUGUAGUGUGAGCCCGGCAUAAAAAGAAGGGGACCAAGAACAGAACCCUGAGGAGCUGUCCCAGUCAUCUCAUCUGAUCUGAAACACCAUCAUCACAUCUACUGAUCUUCCAGCAUGGCUAACACAGACUCUGUCAAUGUGCGGGUCCUCUCUCUGAACUGCUGGGGGAUCCGCUAUCUUAGCAAACACUGUCCUCAGCGCUAUGCCAUGAUUGGAGAUAUGUUGUGCAGAGAAGAGCAUGAUAUUGUCUUACUGCAAGAGGUGUGGAGUGAGAAAGACUAUCUCUCCUUGAAAAAGAAACUCGCCUGUUGUCAUCCUCACUCUCAUUAUUUCAAAAGCGGAGUCAUCGGCAGUGGACUCGCCAUUUUCUCCAAACACAGAAUCCAUGAUACAUUUCUUUUUCGCUACUCACUGAACGGUUAUCCUUACAUGGCUCACCAUGGCGACUGGUUUGGAGGUAAAGCUGUUGGGAUGGCUGUCUUAAGCAUUGGCAGUCUGACUACAAACGUCUACGUGACUCAUCUGCAUGCAGAGUACUGCAGAGACAAGGACUCUUAUCUACCUCACAGAGUGGUUCAGGCCUGGGAGCUGCAGCAGUUCAUUCGCCACACCUCAGCUGGAGCAGAUGUGGUGAUUCUAGGUGGUGACCUCAACAUGCACCCUCAGGACCUCGGCAACAGACUACUGAGGUCUUACACUGGACUCAAAGACUCUUAUUUAGAGACGGCUAAAUUUGAUGGGUGUGAGGACGGUAUCACUUUAAUAGCUGACAACCCUUUCAUCAAUAAAAAGGAGCUUUGUCCCUUUGAGAAGGGAAUUCGGAUCGACUACAUCCUGUUCAAGGGUUCUCCCAAAACGGACAUCUACUGUGAUUUCAUGUCCACCACCAACGGCUCCGUCCCUGAUCAUCCAUUCCCGUACUCCGACCAUGAGGCUCUUACUGCUGGGUUUAGGCUGGAGACACACACUCCAACUGAGACAGGAAGUGACAGGCAACCAAAGAAUCAGGACUCCGCUGCAGUCAUGUCUUCAGUGAAGGUGGCCGAGCUGGUGGACAUCGUGACAGAGGCCCGUACAGAAGUCAAAGUGGGUCUGCACUGUGCUGAGAGGAUGCGCUACACAGCCACACGCACCGGAGUGAUGGGCUUGGCUCUGCUGUUCCUGGAGCUGGCCAUCGCCGCCGUGCCCUGGUUGGCCCUGGGAGCAGAGCAACCUUUCCCUCGUACAUCCUUCUACCUGCUGGCCGCAUUGUGCUUCGCCAUCCUGCUGACCACCUUCCUGCUGUACAUCUUCUACACAAUGGAGCUGAAAUCUCUUCAAGGGGCUGAAGACCAGAUGAGACUUGCUGUAGGAAGUCUGCAGGAGAAGCUCAGGGGCUUUCCUUUGGCUCAGCCCCACAGCACCCAGCGGAGGCCCCCAGAGGGUCAUGAGCCCAGCGCUUUUGACCCAGAGGAAUAAAACAGGAGCCAACUGGGUCAAAGUGGGCUCACUGGAAGGAAGCCUUUGAAGUGAGCUUAAAGAUGGAUGUUUGAAGGAGGCAUUUAUCCUCUGAAUGUGUUUUAUGCUCUUGAGAUUAAGUACUGCUGAAUGAAGGAGUUCUUGAAGGACGUUUCUGAAAGUCGUGCAGGACACAUGCUUUGACCUUUUUUUAUACUUUUUAUAUACUCGUCUUUAGCCUUUUUUUACCCCUAGACCUCCCUCUAUGCACCUCAGCAAACACACUUCCUGUUACACAGUGUGAUACAUCUGUGCUACUGCUGUUCUUAAAGGUCACGAACUUGACCGUUUGUGUUUCUUAAGCAUGAGGUCUGACCUGCAUUCCACCCACCAGUAGUUUUAGUGGGACCAGUUGUUUCUGUUUAGAAUUUCAUGCUUCCCCUUUUGCGAUUUGGAGAGUCCACCAAAUAAUCAUAGAUGGUCCAGACAGCUUGCUGCUUUACUUUAAGGUCCAGUGUGUAGGAUUUAGUGUGUUUUUAUUUAGUGUAUAAUCACCUGAAAAUAAGAGUCGUAUGUAUUCGUUACAUUAUAACGAUCUAAUUAUUUUUACAUAGGGAGCGAGUUCUCGUCCUCGGAGAUCGCCAUGUUGCACCACCAUGUUUCUAUGGUGGCUUAGAACGGACAAACCAAACAUUAGCUCUAGACAGGGCCAAUCGUGUUUUCGUGUCAGCCACUGUAGUGAGCAGCCCUUCUGCGAUGAGCCAAACAGCGUCGGGAAAACACUGAUUUUUAAUGUGAAACUGCUUUAUUCAGUGUUUUUACUGGUUUAAAUCACCUGGUCCAUUUGUUUCGGAGAGGACGAGACCUCUGCGGAUAAUCCGGCUCCCAAAAAACCUCCUGAACAAUGAAACACUGAAGGAAUCCUCACAGGGAGUUCACGUGGCACUUAGUUGGUUGCAGUUUUUAACCUCACCACUAGAUGGCACUAAAUCCCACACACUGCUCCUUUUAAAGAAAGAAGCCCAGUGGUCUCCACCGCACAGAGGAUACACACUCCGAAUGUUAGAGGUUUACAUUUCUUGGUCUGUAACAUUUUAUCUCUGCAGGACAGAUUGUCGACAGCCUCCAGUAGCACUUAGAAACAAAGACUCUCAUGCACAAGUUCAGACUUUUCAGUAGCUCCCCUGUAGGAAAAGGGACAGACUCUAUCUGCAUGCCUCACGUUCACUGUCUUGUACUGGAAAGUAUUUUUAUGUUAGACAAUCGACACUCCUCUUUCCCAUAAUAUAACAGUGGGAUUUUACAUAAGAUAUUCUGUCAUGUACUUCUAACUUUGACCUAAUUUGAUCACGUGAAUUAUUUAAAAGAAAAAAACAUCAUGUACUGUAGAAGAAUGUAAAUGCUUAAUAUAUCUUUAGUGUGCAGUGCACUUAGCUGACUAACCAGGUAAACCACUUCCUUUUAUGUAAGAUAGGACAUUACUUAAUGAUACAUAUCGCUGUGAGACAGUGUUAUGACUCAGCAGAAAGCAAACAAUGAUUGAUCAUUUUUAAACCUUUAACCUCAAUAUUGGAAAAGCAUUUGGUAGUUGUUCAUGUCAUAAAGGUAAAAUAAUUUAAAUAAACACCUGAUGUUCAUUCCAACAGGAAAACUGUAAUGGGCAUGACUAUGAAAGCAAUAAUAAAGACUUUCUACUCAC